AUGGUGAAAGUCCAAGCUGAGAGCAGCAACACCGUUUGCGAUAAUGAAGCUAGCACGGCAGUCAGGUUCGAUGAUACGGUUCAAGGCAAUAUUGGUCAUGAAAAAGAACCAAGUACCGACAGGCAACGAGGAACGAACUCUGACGAGACCCAUGCUGCAAACGUGAAGUCUGAUGCCGAAAAAGGUGCAACAGAAACUGGCGAGGGAUCUCCUACGCCAGACCCAAACAUCGUCGACUGGUCGGGCCCCAACGACCCUGAGAACCCACGGAACUGGUCCAAAGCCUACAAGUUGACCAACAUCAUCGCCAUCAGCCUAUCCGUCCUAUACACCAACCUCGCAACCACAAUGUUCGCCCCCGGCGCCGCUACAACGAAACGCGAAUUCGGUUUCAAAAGCAACACAGUUGAAGUCCUGACCAUCACCAUGGCAUGA